AAAGCGUCAAUUUCAUAUACCGGAAGUACUCCUGCUUCUUCUGGAUUUUGCGUGCCUGCAGUGAUAUUUGAAGGUGCAGACGCGUGUGUUUGGAUCCGUUUGCUGCGUGAUUCACCAGAUAUUAUUUGAGUGACACUUCUUGCCAGAUGACUGACCUCUUGCCAGUGGUGGUGGUGCAUGGAGGGGCAGGGAUUAUCCCAAAGGAGCGGUUGCAACUGUCCAUUUCAGGGGUGUGUGCAGCAGUGCGGACAGGGUACGCUAUCCUCAAGGGAGGGGGCAGCAGCAUGGAUGCUGUGGUGGAGACUGUGAUCCAGCUGGAGAAUAACCCUGCCUUCAAUGCAGGCUGUGGGUCAGUGCUGAACGUCAAAGGAGAGGUGGAGAUGGACGCCAUUGUGAUGGAUGGCAAAACACUGGCAAGCGGAGCGGUGUCCGCAGUACGCAACAUAGCUAACCCCAUCCAGCUAGCAAGACUUGUUAUGGACAAGACCAGUCACGCGUGUCUGACAGCCGAAGGUGCUAAUCAGUUUGCUCGAUCCAUGGGGAUCGAGGAGGUCCCUCAGGAGUCCCUCAUCACUGAAUAUUCCCGCAUGCGCUGGAGGAAGAACCUUGCACCUGAUGCCAACCCUGUGGAGUCCCAAAUGGGGAAAGCAGGCACAGUUGGUGCAGUAGCAGUUGAUUUAGAGGGCAACGUAGCCUGUGCGACUUCCACUGGUGGGAUGCUGAACAAGAUGGAAGGUCGUGUGGGUGACACCCCCAUCAUAGGGUCUGGAGGCUAUGCUGACAACCAGUCAGGAGCAGUGUCCACCACAGGCCAUGGUGAGACCAUCAUGAAGAUUACACUGGCCAGACUCAUCCUGUUCCACAUGGAGCAAGGUCGGUCGGUAGAAGAUGCCAGUGACUUGGGCCUGGCCUGUAUGCAGUCCAGACUUGGGGGGCUAGGCGGGGUGGUGACAGUGGAUCCUCAGGGCCACUGGGCUGCCCGCUUCAGCAGCAAACAAAUGUCGUGGGCUGCAGCCCAGAGGGAUAUUAUGCACUAUGGCCUGUACACUGGAGAACACUUCACCCAAAGCAUCAACUGAUGGAUGUUGUUGUUGUUGUUGUUGUUGUUGUUGUUUUGUUUUUUUUUAACUAUCAUUUUUAAGGGAGAAUACUACUUGGACAAUAAAAGAAAUUCAGCACAAGUCAAACGCUAGUUUAUCCAGGUGCUAAGAUAGAUGUCAUUGUGUCUUUAAUUAAAACACAAAGCAUUAACACAAAGUGUUUUUAUCUGCAAAAGGCUUACAGAGCCUAAGAAUUCUAGGCUGGAACUAAUUUCAGAUUACA